AUGCAUGUGAAUUUUCUUUCAUCUGAUCCAACUAAGCCUUGUAUAUUGCUGAAAUGGCCGAACGUGUCUAUCCUCUUAGAUUGUGCAAUUGAUCUCUCACCUUUCUAUCAUUUUUUACCUCAUAUAUUCUCCCAAUACAAAACAACGAAGAAAUUCGACAUUUUGAAAGCUCAGGAUGCUCUGGGACGGUAUGACAUUGGGAAUCGCACUGUAUAUAUUGAAGGUCAUCCCCAAACAAAUGCAAUCCCGCUGAAAGAGUUGUGUAUGGAAACUGUUGACUGUAUUCUGAUUUCCAAUUGGAACUCAUUAGUUGCUUUACCUUAUUAUGUGCAUAAUACUGGAUUUAAAGGAUCUAUUUACGCAACUGAGCCCGUAAUGCAGUUCGGAAAAUUGAUGAUCCUCGAAAUGCUGGAAUACUAUGAUCGGAUUGUUAUUGACCGGGGAGACGAAAGAUGGAAGAAGUCUGAAGACGUACCUGCAAAUCAUCCAUGGGGUGACCCCUCCGAAUGGAAACAUUUCUACUCAAGGGAGAUUAUGGAAGCUACUCUGAGCACAAUCACUCCUGUUGCUUGGAGGCAAUCUUUCUUUACCAUCGAUAACAUCAAAAUCACUGCAUAUAGUAGUGGAUAUCACAUCGGUUCCUGCAAUUGGGUCAUUGAAGCUGACGAAGGAAAGAUUUCUUACCUCGCCGCGUCAAGUGCGAGGAAUACCCAUUCAAAGCCUGUAGAUUGGGAGAAGGUGAAAGAAGCUGAUAUUAUGCUUUUAACUUCAUUGUCUCCGAUUCCGGACAAUUCUCCUUUAAGUUCAAUGCAAUAUAUACGUGAGUUGGUCUCCGAAACGUUGAAGAAGGGUGGUAACGUGUUAAUUCCAACUCUUCCUGUUGGACCUGUGUUUGAUCUCCUAGACCUUAUUGCAGCUUGCAUUGAUAAUACGACUGGAGUUCCCCUUGAUACACCUAUUUAUUUCAUUUCACCUCAAGCCAAGAGUGCUCUCGCUUAUUCUAAUGUCAAUGCAGAAUAUUUGUCAUCGGACAAGCAAAACAAUGUGUUUAUACCUUUAGAACCAUUUCUUCACACAGAGUACAUCAAGAAUGGUAGAUUAAAGGUUUAUGAUUCUCUCUAUGAUUCUUUCUCGAAGGAGUACAAAACACCUUGUGUUGUUCUCUGUGGUCAUCCUACAUUGAGAAUUGGUGACGCUGCACACUUGCUUCAGUUAUGGGGAAACGACAACAAGAAUGUUCUUAUCUCUACAAAUCCCGAUUUCCCUCUACAACAAGUUUAUGAACCUUUCCGUGAGUUGGCAGUGCGAGCUUAUUUCUAUCCAAUUGACUCAAGACUCGAUUUCGCUCAAGUUAAUAACACACUUAUCAAUGAUCUGAAACCCAAGUGUAUCUAUGCUCCUGAGCAGUAUUCGAAACCUAUGUUUUCGCGUCGGAAAGAUCUCGUGUUACAAUUCAGUCAUAUUGUUCCAGUUAAAGAGAAUGAACCCUUAUUAAUAAAAGCAAUUAAAGGAAGUAAGAGGAAAAUUCGUGUACACCCUGAAAUUCUCAAAAAGCUGGAAGCUAAAAGUGGCAAAGGCAAUACAGAUUACGGGUUGUGUCAUCUCUCAGGAUUCUUAUCCACUUAUGACGACGACUUCGAAUUACUGCCUGCGAAACGGAAAGCUCGUUCGAGAUACACUGGAAAAGUAACUUCAGAUAUUGUGAUGAAAGCCAUACAAAAGAGAAAUCUCCAACAUAAGUUGUUGACAAAUUCUGACGGAUCGUUUGAGGUUGACAUUGAAAGCUUGAAAGCUACCUUGAGAGUGAAUAAAGAAGGAACUCGAACAACAAUCAAGAAGUUCGCUGAGCAGCAACAAAAAAAUGCUCAUAAUGUGAAGGCUUAUCGAGCUGAUUUAGCUUCCUUAUUAGGGAUUGGAAGAAAGAAGUUGCUCAAGCUGCCUGCUCAGCUCUUUCCGCAGGGUACCUCAGAAAAUUCUUUGCAAUUCCUACCUACUGAAAAUUUUGAUGAGUCAGGUUGUCGUUUUCGCAAGUCACCAAUAUUGGUAUCUGUAAUACCAAUUAGCAGUCAGCAAGCAGCUACCAUCGAAUCUUUAAAAAAGAACGUUAUCAUGCAUCAUGCUGGGUUUGAUCAGCAAACUAUGUAUCGCUAUGGAGCAGUUGAGCUGCUCACGUUCCUGGAUGUUGUCCAUCUGAGCCAUCUUCUGUGUUCAGUUACCAAAGAACUGGAUUUCUACAGUCAUUCCGUUCGGAGACACUCCGCUCUUUUCCAGAAAUUGUUUGAUAUAAGAUUACUACGAAAUCAAGGGUUUCAGAGAACAAGUUUCCAUCCCUCUAUUCCGAAACCCAUUCGCAGUUCGGCUCCUCCACAUUGCGCAAAGUUAGAGAAGCUAGAUCUGCACUAUGGAUUACAUUAUGCUGUUUCCAUCAAGCCGCGUACUUCCUUCACUCUAAAUGGUCACUUGAUUGAGUCAAACGAUGACCGCGGCAACUUCAUUCAUAAGGACUUUGUCUUUCUCUAUGGUUUUUGGAUGGAUGCAAUCUCGAAAUUCAAUCAUCAGAAAAAAAUCGAAGAUGUUCUUAAACUGCUAGCUCCAGAAUCAUCGAGUGAAGUUUACAAAAUCUGUGAUAGAACUCAGAAGAUAGGAGAUGUAUCUGACUUGUUGCUGGAACAGAUAUUUCUCCUGUCGGUAGACGAAAUACGUGCCUCCACCCAGCUGAUGAAAUAUCAAAGAACGUUGAAAGUUAAUAGGGAAAGCAAAGCUACCUGA